GUUGUCUCACAGCUGUUGUCAUGUGAUAGCCUGCCCUGAGCAAGCUGCUGUACACAGUAGCUUUUUACCUUGGUGUUGGUUUAAAUUAAAAAACACCCUGGCGGAUUCUUAGCUUUAUGUUUGUAGCGGAAGAGUAACGCGGCUCUAUUGUGAAGGAGAGCGGAGAAGGAGGGGUUGCGUAGUUUGACUCCUCGGACGCAGCAAUGGGUUGCUGUUACAGUGGCGAGGAAGACAGCUCCGGACAGAAGAAUGAUGAGAUCGAACCGCUGCUAUCCCACCAAAACCCUGUGAGCAAACCUCCAAAUGGGACAGACUGGACCACAACCAGUGUCCCCUCUGCACAGACAGAUGGACAAGCCCUCCUCACAUCCAUCCUGACAAAGACUGCUCAGAACAUCAUUGAUGUCUCAGCAGCGGACUCUGUAGUGAUGGAGCAGCACGAAAUCAUGGACAAAGCUCGACAAUACAGUACAAAACUGGCUGUAUUAAGCACCAGUUUGCCUCAGAAGAAAGCCCUCUCUCUUCCCUCCCUAACAAGCCAGCCCCACCAAGUGCUCGCAAGUGACCUGGUGCCAUACUCAGAUGUUCAGCAGGUAUCCAAGAUAGCAGCUUAUGCAUAUAGUGCAAUCUCUCAAAUCAAAGUGGAUGCUAAAGAGGAACUGGUUGUCCAGUUUGCCAUUCCCUGACUCUUUCCUGCGUACAGUUCCACCCAUCCUACUCGCUCGUUGCCACUCCUGCUUCAUCAUCCUCCAGUCCACCUGUUUUUUUUCAAUAAAACGUUUUGGUUAUCGUGCUUUUAGCUCUGCCACGAACUUCUUUGAACACAGGAAGUGAAUGCUAACCCCCCGGAAAAAGAAAAAAAACUCUUAAUGAAUUUAUCCAGCAGAUGAGUGGAGGAGGCUUUUGCCCUACGUUUAUGGUGAUCCGCUCAGAGAGGCAUCCUCUGUGUAUAAAACAUGUAUAACAGCCUUUUUUUCAGGUUUUGUAAAAGAAAUGUCAAUCUAAAACCUUUUUUAGGUUUCCGGGCUCUUCUCGGUGUCUUUAUUUCUUUAUUAGACUCUAUGUUCCAUCAAGCACACACACUGAGACAGCUUCAUGAUGAUUGGCUCAGGUUUACCUGCGAUAGACAGUUUUACAGAACAGACCUACAGUUGUAGUGCACCUGCAAAGAUCCCGUAACAUGUCAUCAUAUCUGUACAAAUAACUUAAAAGCCGAAUUACUCCUCAGUUGGUUUUCUCUGAGCAGUAAAAAA